AUGGUCGUGGAGUGCGUCGGCGCGAACGGAAUAGUAGGUGGCGGCGCCGUCGCCGUCGCCGAGGAUGAGCAGUGCGUAGCGGAGUACGUGGAGGUCGGCGAGGACGAAGGGGAGGUGGUGGGCAGCGGGGCUCCUGCAUCAGAACCUCAGAUGAGGAAGCAUGAGAGUCCUCGCAGACUCGAAGGGCGGACAGCGCCGCGGCGUACUUGCCGACGUGGUCUUCGAAGGAGACGGAGUAGGGGGAGGAGGAGACGGCGGUGGGGAGGGAGAGGUGGCGGGCGGCGGGUCUGCUGCAUCAGAGGAGUAGGCAAGACGACGCAGCGGACGAACAACGCCGGCGGCGUACUUGCCGAUGUCGGCGUCGCGGGAGAUGGGGUAGGGAGGACGGGGGGUGUGGAGGUGGAUCUGGCAGCGGACGAUAAGGCUGCGGUGGAAGAGAGGAGUUGGGGCGGACGGCGCCGGCGGCACCGGUCUCCGCUAGUUCGCUUCCAUAUUUCUUCAGAAUGA